UGCACCGUCCUGUUUCCCCCCGUAGAUAUCGGCAAGGACGAUUCCUGCAAAGAAAACUGUACUUGUUCCUCUUGCUCUCUGCGGGCUCCCGCCAUAAGUGACUUGCUCAAUGACCAGGACUUAUUAGAUGUGAUCAGGAUAAAGCUGGAUCCCUGUCACCCAACAGUAAAAAACUGGAGGAAUUUUGCCAGCAAGUGGGGCAUGCCCUACGACGAACUGUGUUUCCUGGAGCAGAGGCCGCAGAGCCCCACCGUGGAGUUCCUGCUGCGCAACAGUCAGAGGACAGUGGGUCAGCUGAUGGAGCUGUGCAGGCUGUACCACAGGGCUGACGUGGAGAAGGUUCUGCGCAGGUGGGUGGAGGAGGAGUGGCCCAAGAGGGCGCGUGAAGACCACUCCAGGCACUUCUAGAGCUCCCCUGCCUUCAUCAGGCUCUCUGGACAUUGAAACAACCACAGGUUAAGGAGGAAUGUGAAUCUGUGCUAAGAGUUUAGGAUAAGGACACGGAAUGGUGGACGCUGGUUUUCCCCAAAGCUAGUGGUCUUGCUGGGGGUACGUUUAAUGGUGGUGGUGGAUGUUUGUUUGUUUUUGCACAUCUGUUUUAAUUUAAUAUUUGAAUCUAGAAUUGGGGGAAAUAUUCUGUAGGCUCAUAUAGCAGCCAAAGCCUACGAUCAGAAUGGAUACACUCCAUAAAAAUAAAAUUAUCCUCUCCCUUAAACACCGAGGAAGAUUCCAGUGGGACCUUAGACUGUUCAAGGUCCCAGACACACAUACAUCACCACAGGUAAGACCUUUCAUAAUCGGCGGCAGUCACAUGGCUUGGAAGAAGAUGACAGGGAGAAAUUACCCUGUUCUUCUGGUUUGUUAUUUUUUUAUAAAGUACUCGAGUGAAUUAACAGGAUGCUGUUACUGGGUGGUGAUACCCUUUAGAACGUGUGUGCCAUUUUUUUUACUCAAAUACUUGUUAUAACCUGUGGGCUACAAUGUCAUUUGCUUAAGUCUUUUUAAAAGAAAUACAAAAACGUAUGGUUAUUGGGAGCACAGAGUCAGGAACUACUUAGGAUACCCAAGGCUGUGGGAGUGAUGUUUGACAAAGGGAAUUCUCAAAACGCCCUUUUGUUAUCUGUGACCUUUUUUUUUUUUUAAGAGACAGAGUCUCAAGUUGUU